CUAAACACAACACAACGCUCCUCCCAAACGAGGAGUAGCCGUUUCCAUAGAGACAUGGCUGUCUAUGGCAAGUGAUGCUAGAAGGCGAUUUCUGGCUCUUUAAAAGCUGCAACAAUGUCUCAGCUUUCUGCUGGCGAUGAGGUGCAACUACAGUCUCUCCUCAAGCAGCUACUGAGAAGCAUCAGCGACAAGAUCUCUGGAGCGCCGUCCACUGAAUGUGCCGAGGAGAUUCUCCUACACCUGGAGGAGACCGACAAGAAUUUCCACAACUAUGAGUUCGUCCGAUACCUCCGUCAGCAUGUAGAGAGCUCUCUGGGUCCGGUGGUGGAGGAUGAGUUGCAGAACCUGACCAGAGGAGGACAACAUGCAGUCGGACCCGGACAGGACACCUCAGUUCAAGUCGUGACUCGGAGAACUAGAGACUCGGCUCAGUACCAUCAGAUGCUGCAGACGUUAAAGGCCACCAUGAUGGUGGCCGUAGAGUCUCUGAUCACCAAAUUUGACGAGGACCAGCUGAGAAAAGAGGAGAUGCACAGAGAGAUUGAACGCUGCCAGUCCAACAGCCAGUUCACUGAUAACUGCUCAGACAGCGACUCCUCCUUCAACCAGAGCUACGCCUUCAUCAGACAGGAGCAGCUGCAGGUUCUGGCUGAACAACUUGACUCCAACAAGCCGAAAGAGGUGCGACGUGAGGCUCUGCAGGCUCUCUGCUGCGCUCCUCCGUCCGACGUGCUGAGCUGCGAGAGCUGGAGCACGCUGCGCAGGAACCUCUGCUCCGCUCUCACCGAACCCGACCUCAGCGAGAAUGUGCUGCAGUUUUUCGCUAAAAGCUUUUCUUCAUCGCCGCUAAACGUGACCAGAGAGAUCUACACCAGCUUGGCAAAGAGUCUGGAAUCGGCUUUUCUGUCUCAGAGGUUAAACUUCCCAACCAGAUCAGCUGCUGUCGACAUCAACAGUCCUCAGAUCCGUCGUCUCCUCAAACAGAUUCGACUGAUGAAUGAUUUCCAGAAGGAGGUGACGACCUUCUGGAUCCGUCACCCGGAGAAAUACAUGGAGGAGAUUAUAGAGAGCACUUUCUGUCUUUUGUCCUUCCAUCAUGACCAUGGCUCAACUGGAACAGAGAAAACAUUGGAACCGGUCCAUUUGCUGUCCUUACUGGACAUCAAAGCCACCUGGUUCAAUAAAUGGAUGCAUGGCUACUACAGCAGGACGGUGGUUCUCAGGCUCCUUGAGAGAAAAUAUAAGACUCUGAUUGUAUCGGCUCUUCAGCAGUGUUUACAUUUCAGUGAGUCCUCUGAACGUAGCUCAAGUGAGGCUGCUGAUCCUCAUGUGGAGGACUCCAGUGACCCUGGUUUGCUACAGAGAGGCGUUUUUACCAGGAGGGAUCUUGAGUAUUCCUUCUUUGUUCACUCUUUAUGCAUCCUGGGUAAACUCAUCAUCUACACCAACGGACGAAAACUCUUUCCCAUCAAAAUUAGGAAACACAAAGACCCGGUUACUCUGACAGACCUGAUUGUCAUCCUGAUUAACAUCAUGUAUCGACACCCCCGACCUUCGAACGGCGACUCGUCACCGACAGGCUCGCUGUCGCCCAGCUGUCUGGUGAUGGAGGUGCUGUGGAUGUUAUGUGAACGAACAGAAUGUGCUGCUGAUUGUCUCCACCAGACUCCUGUUAUUGAGACUCUGCUCGCACCUGUUGUUGCUCUCCUCAAUGCACAACAGACUAACUUGAAGAAUCCUGCAGCCACUCUGAUUCUCAUCGCCGACGUUUUGGCCCGAAUCGCAAACACCGACAGAGGAUUAGCGCUUUUCCUGUACGAGAAGAACCUUGUUGUUGCCCACAGUGAAAAAACCUUCGCUGCUCACAUCGUCGUCCAGUUCACCUUGAGGCUGCUGAAUAAGGCCCUGCCGUCUCUAAGCGGAUCCGAUGCGUCUCAGACGUUAUGUGGAGCUUUCAUCUUUGUUUGUAGACAGAUGUACAACACCUGUGAGGGUCUGCAGGUCCUGCAAACAUAUGGCCUGCACAAAGCCAUCGCUGCUGCUUGGAAAAAGACGAGUUCUUUAUCAGAAAGGAUCCCGACUCCGGUUUCUGGAUCCUGCACCGGACCAUCCACCCAGGAAACGGCAAACAUGCUCGUCUGGGAGGAAACGAUGUUGGGCAGUCUGCUGAACUUUGCUGCGACCCCUAGAGGCCUUUUGCUGCUACAGCAGACAGGCGCCAUCAACGAAUGCGUCUCCUACAUGUUCUCUCGCUUCACCAAAAAACUGCAGGUGAGUCGCUGUGAGAAGUUUGGGUACGGAGUGAUGGUGACACAGAUAGCGGCGACGGCUCCAGGGGUUGCAGCUCUGCACAACUCGGGUUUUGUCAGAUUGCUGGUUGUGGAUCUGUGGUCGGCUCUCGAAUGUGGAGGUGACGAUGCCAGAGUCAUCCGGCCCAAACCGACACCCAUGGACUCCAUAGACAGAAGCUGCCUCAAGUCCUUCCUGUCCCUGGUCAACCUCCUGUCCUCCUCUCUCUCCGUUUGGGAGCUUCUCAGCCGACAGCCAUUAGCGAACAAGAGCGAAUACAGCCUGAGAGAAAUCCCAUCCUCCAUCCCUGAUUUGAUUGACAGGCUGGUUGCCGUGGAUUCGGAUGUGAAGAUCCACUCGCUGUUCCAGUACGAGCAGUCGCACACCUUCGGCCUGAGACUGCUCGGUGUGCUCUGCUGCUGCUUGGACUCCUUCCUGCUGCUGGAGAGCCAGUACAACAUCUGCUGCUCGCUGCUGCAGAGUCAGAGGGAAAACGUCGCUGACCAAGACGCCACAGACGGGGCGAUCAUCAUCGACGGCCUGUCAGUGGAGAGGAAUCACAUCUUGGUUCGUGUUCAUGUGGUCGGAGGUCCGUCUGAGAGGCGGCUUCCCUCUCGAGCCCUGGAAGAGGUCAGCUUCCUGCAUUUGGCCUGA